AUGUCGAAGAAGAUCACAUCUGUCAACGACAGCGCCCAUUUCAGCAGGCUGCUUUCGCAGUCGACGUAUACGGUUGUCGACUUCUACGCCGACUGGUGUGGCCCAUGUAAAGCGAUCGCACCUGUAUUCUCCGGCCUCGCAGAUAAAGAAACCAAACCAGGCAAGCUACAGUUCUGUAAGGUGGACGUUGAUGCCUGCCAGGAUGUAGCGCAGAAGUAUGGUGUCUCUGCUAUGCCUACCUUCCUCGUCAUCAAAUCCGGUUCCGUCGUCGAAACCAUCCGUGGCGCAAACGCAUCGGCCCUCACAGCUGCUGUUCGCAAAGCUGCUAACGACACCGGCCCCUCCACGGGCGAGGCCUUCAAGUCAAAAGGAUAUACUCUGGGAUCGAGUUCUCAACCGAGCCGACCUGUAAACGAGAGCGCUUUCGCGGGCAUCAACCGAAUGAUAAGUGGCAAUGGAGGACUAGGGGACAUCGUCAUUCGAUUCCUUGCUCUGUAUUUUGUCAGCUUGUUCUCUUUCGACUCGUACCGCGCUGCUGAGGAAAGUCCUUUCAACAUUCGAGGGCGCCGAUAG